AUGACUGCGCUACUAAAGAAUCUAACACAUGAAAUUGAACUAUUUAAUGACUCUGGUACUGAACAACUAAACUUAUUAACACAAGAUUCAAAUGACUUUUUAAAGGAGCUAAAGAGUAUUGAAUCGGAUUUACAACAAGAAAUAAUUAAAGAAGAACUACAAUCCAAAUCAUCGGAAUCCAAUACAGUUAUCAAUAAUUCAAAUAAAUCAAAAGCCAAAAUAUCCCUACUACCUCAAAAGUCUGAAAAUUGGUACAAAUCCUCAAUAGGUAGAUUAAAAUCUUAUAACUCCGCAAAUAAUAAAUUUCUGAAGAAUAUAUUGAAUAAUUCUAAAUACAGUAUUGAUCUUGAUGAAGCAUAUACCUAUCCUUUAAAUAUGGAUAACUAUCCUGUAAAGGAUUUCAAUCUUGAUAAAACCUUAAAUGAAGCGACGUUAGCUUAUUUGACAAAGACUGUUAUAUCAAAGGAGAUAAAGGAUAAAAAUAUAAAGCAAGAGAACAAAGAAGAAUUGAUGAAAGCAAUAGUAUUACAUUUGUUAAAAAUUGGUCAAAGUUCAAUUGUACCUUCAAUAUUAGAACAAAUACCUUCUAACCUUUACUUAAAUGAAGAUUUAUUGGAAAGAUUUAAAUUAUUGAAUCAAAUUGUUGAUGAUAUAUGUAUCAGACAUGAUUUAUCACAAGCGUUAGGUUGGCUUCAUACGAAAUAUAAUGAAAAAGUUUUGAAAAACACACAUGAAUUUGAAGAAUCAGAUACUUUUAAUGUUGUUGAAUUUAAAUUUCACAUAUUACAAUUCAUUAUUUUACUAAAUGGGAAAACUCUGGGAUUUUCUUAUGAUGAUGCAGUCAAAGCUUAUUUUUAUUCAAAAGAUCAUUUUACAAAAUUUUUAAAAAAUUAUUUGCAUGAAAUUGCUCCAUUGAUGACACUAAUAUUAUUUGAACCAGAUUUUAAUAGUGGUAUUGAGAAUUUCUCCAAACAGAAAAGUAAAGAAUUAGCAAUUCAUCAUUUUAUUGAAAAAAUUAAACAAGGAUUUGUAUUGGAAAAUGAUGAGAAAAAUCCAGAUAUAGGAAGACAAAGUCAAAUUGAAUUUGUAUCUGAUCUUUUAAGUUCUUUCAAAAAUGUUCAUUCUAAUGAAAAUUUAUUUUCAAAUAUAUCAAAUGAUUUUAUAGCUGAAUAUUGUAAAGAUUUAAACUUGUCAAAAGAUUCAUCAUUAUUUCAAAGUAUACUUGCUGGUCAUUUAUACUUACCUAGUUUUUACAAAUAUAAUCAAAUUCAAUUAAAAAUGAAUAAUUUUAAAACAGAAAACAAUGAUAAAAAGCCGAAUGAAAAUUAUAUUUUCAAUAAUGUUGCAACGUAUCAUUAUGAAUUACCAUUUCAAUUACCUGAUUCUAAUAGGUUUUUAUUUAAAAAUCAUCCAAUUUUUAUAUGCCCCAUAUCUCGUGAACAACUUAUACCAAUCACAAGUGAUAUAAUUGAAACAAUUGUAGUAGAAGACGGUAAUAAUGGUUCAGUAGUUGGUAAAAAGAAAAAAUUUGUUGUUGAAAAUUUAUUAAAAACUCAAGUAGUUGUAUUAAAUUAUUGUCAACAUUUAGCUUUAAGAGAUAGUAUUUGGCAUUUAUCUAAAAAGGGUAUGGAUGUUUUUAAAUGUCCAUAUUGUUAUAAAAAGCAUAAGUAUAAUGAUGUUACUGAUGCCUUUUUCAUAGAUUUAUAA